AUGUAUGUUCAUCUUUUUUUUUCGUUUUUUUUUAUUUGUCGUUUUGUUAUUGCGUCUUUCUUUCUUCAAAUAAAAUAUUCUGUCAUAAGUUGGUCUGUUCGCAACUGUCGUAUCUUUUUUACUUUCUUUAUCGAACUUUUUGCUUUCACAUUCUUAAUUUCACUUCUCAAUCUUUUCCUCUUCCUAUCUAUCUAUCUAUCUAGCUACCUAAUAACUAUCUAUCUAUCUAAUCAUCUCAGUUUUCUGUUUAUUUUAUUCGGUUCUUUCUAUCUAUCUAUCUAUCUAUCUAUCGAUCGAUCGAUCGAUCGAUCUCUAUGUGAAUGUGAUUCUGUUCUUUCCUAUCUAAUCUCAGUCCGUUUAAUAAUAAUAAUGAUAAUAAUAAUAAUAAUAAUAAUAAUAAUAAUAAUAUAUAUAUAUAUAUAUAUAUAUGUAUCAUUCUGUUCUUUUCUAUCUAUCUAUCUAUCUAUCUAUCUAUCUAUCUAUCUAUCUAUCUAUCUAAUCUCAGUUUGUUUAUCUCAUUCUGUUCUCUUCUAUCUCUCUCUCUAUAUGUCAUUCUGUUCUUCACUCUGUUUAAUUCUGUUCUUUUCCAUCUCUCUCUCUCUCUCUCUCUCUCUCUCUCUCUCUCUCUCUCUAUACAUACAUACAUACACACAAUCAGUCUGUUCAUAUUCAUAUUCAUAUCACACUUAUUUUUUAGCUUAUCUAAACAACCGGUUCUAUUCCACUUGGUUUGUGCGCGUGUAUGUGUGUACACAGUGA